AUGUUCGAAUUCUUUUCAUCACUCCUUAUUUCAUUCACUUCUGCAACAAUUUUCUCACUCCUCACACUGUUCACAUUCGGUUUUUAUUUGGUUUAUCAAAAUUAUCAAAAAGUACAACACAUUCCUGGUGUAUGGCAAUUAUUACCCUUUGGUCCCUUUCGAAUUCCAUUUCUUUCUCCUUACAUUUACAUUGGAAAUCAAUACGAUCUUUGCAAAGUCAUUGAAGCACAUGGAGACAAGGAAACAAAAACUCUUCGAAUUUCAACUUUAUUUGGUAAUGUCGUCAUUGUCUCGGAUCGAGAAAUGUUGAAACAAGUACAUUCCAAACAAUUACAUGUCUUGAAUAAGGAUCCUCGAUUGAAAGUGACUGAAAUUUUCGGUGAAAGUUUAGUAUCUGCUCCAGAUACAGCUCGUUGGAAAAAACAUCAUCGUGUGCUGUCAGCUGCCUUUACGAGUGGGAAUUUGGAAUUCAUGUGUCGAGUGGCUGUGAAAACAGUGGACCAAUUGACAAGGAACAAGUGGGAUGUGUGUAUGAGUAAGAGUGAGAAUGGAACCAUGAUGUUGGAACCUUAUCAAGAUUUUACCAAUGUCACUUUGGAUGUUUUAGCGAAAAGUGUGUUUGGCACUUCUUUCUGUGUCUUUCCAGAUUCUGAACAAUCAAAUCCAGAUCUCAUCGCCACAGGUCGACAAUUAAAACAAGCCAUUGAAAAAAUCUUUACCAUUGCCUUUCCCAUUCGAAUGUUUCUCGGAUGGUUUCCAUUACUCGAGAAGGUAGCUCUUCAUUUCUCAGGAGCACAACAAGGUAUUGAAUGUUGUUCAAAAGUUUUGGACGAAUGUAUUGAAGAGAGAAGAACACGAAUUGAAAGAGGAGAAGAAAUUUCACAACAGGACUUGUUGAGCUUAAUGGUCAAGGCGAACAUGGAAAAUAAUGAGUUGACCAUGGAUCAUGUCAAAUCGAAUGGGUUAUUAUUCUUUGUUGCAGGCACGGAAACAAGUUCCAACACCCUACAAUGGAUCAUUUACGAAUUGGCCAAACGUCCAGAAAUUCAAAAACGAGCUCAACAAGAAGUCGAUCAAAUUCUCAACAAUGGUCAAUUACAACCCUCAUUCCAACUCUACGAUUCAUUCAUCUAUUGCAAUGCCAUCAUUCAUGAAACCUUACGUUGUCACCCUCCCGUCGGUUCCAUCUCCAAAAUUUGUAUCCAUCCUCACACACUUCUCGGAAAAUUUGAAAUCCCAAAAGGAACAAUCAUUCACUCACUCAUUACUCAAGCGAAUAAGAAUGAACAAGUUUGGCCACAUUUACACAAUACAUUUCAUCCAGAUCGAUUUUUAAAUGUGGAUGAAUUAAAUAAGAGACAUUCCGAUUAUUCCAUGAUUCCAUUUUCAAUGGGUUUGAGAAAAUGCAUUGGUUACAAAUUUGCAUUGUUUGAAAUGUUGAUGGUCUUGACACGACUCAUUCAGAACUAUGAAUUUGAAUUGUUGAAUGAUGAGAAUGUGAACCCAGUGUUGGCCAUUCCGGAUAUUACCUUCAAACCAUAUGGAAUGAAAGUGAGAGUAUCGAAACGGCGCGUGUGA